AUGCUAAACGAAAGGCUAAAUCUAAUGAUGACUCUCAAAUAAAAAAACUACCUUUUAAUUAUAAACCUCUCUAUUAAUUUACAAGAACUUUCAUUACUUUAAGAAUAUUAUAUUGAAAAAGAGGUUUCUGAUAUUAGAAAGUAAAGAUUUAUAGAUAAGAAAAAAGAAAUUGAUUUAGUAAAAGAAAUUAAACUUGGUGAAAACUUAGAUUUAGAUUAUUCAGAAAAACCUGUGAGUGGAUGUUUAAACUAUGAUAUUAUGUUGAAUCAAAAUUAUAGCAGGUAUUUCGAUUGGAAAACUGACUUGAUUAUUUUUAAAGUGAAUAAAGCAAGGAAAGAAGAAAUUUGUAGUUAAUUAACUCAAAGUGUUGCUGUAAAAAAAUAAAUUUAAGUAGUCUAAAAUAAUUAAAGUGCUUGUAAAAUUAUUUAGUAAUUAAAAAGACAAAUAAAUAAUAGAUUUUAAUCUUUUAAAGACUCUAAAAAAAGUGAAAUAACCAAUUAAACAGAAAAUAAUUAAAAUAGAAUAUACUUAGUAAGUAAAAGUGAAGAUGAAAAGUAAUAAAAUGAAACAUAGUAAUAAGAAAAAUAAUAGAAUCAAGUUAAAAAUUAUAAUGAAGAUGACUUAACAAUUUAAGCUAUUAAAGACAUCCAAAAUGAAAUUAUUGAUAAUGAAAUUUUGUCUUAUGAAAAUCUGUUUAAAAGUAUAAAAAAAAUUGAUCAUCACCAUACUGUCCUAUAAUUCGAUUAAAAUACUAUUAAAAAUAUGAGUUUGCUUAAUAUUAAUUAGAUAAAUUUAAAUAAACUUAAUUGA